GGAGAGACGCACAUCAACGACGGCGUCGACGACGGAAUUGUUAAGGGAAGGCGCGACGGCCCUGGCCGGAGAGGAGCAGCGUCCACGAGCUCGCAACGAGGACGAGCGCGGCAACGGUGAGGUUAUGGACAACUUCGUGAAGAUCGAGAAGAUAGGGGAGGGAACGUAUGGAGUUGUCUAUAAGGCCAGGGACAAGCUCACCGGGAAGCUGGUGGCGCUCAAGAAGAUUCGAUUAGAGACGGAAAGAGAAGGCGUCCCGUCUACCGCUAUACGAGAGAUAUCGUUAUUGAAAGACCUCGCACAUCCAAACAUCAUACAAUUGUUCGAUGUCGUAGACGGUAACAACCAUCUAUACCUCGUUUUUGAAUUUCUGCAGCAGGAUCUCAAAAAGUUGCUUGACUCCGUUAAAGGAGGUUUAGAACCAGCGCUCGUCAAGAGUUAUCUCUACCAAUUAUUGAAAGCAAUUUCGUUUUGUCAUCUCCGUUGUAUAUUGCACAGAGAUUUAAAACCGCAGAAUCUAUUGAUAGAUCGAGAAGGUCAUAUAAAAUUGGCCGAUUUCGGAUUAGCCAGAAUGAUCGGCGUUCCCGUGCGAACUUAUACGCACGAGGUUGUCACGCUUUGGUAUCGGGCACCGGAAGUGCUUUUAGGAACCAAAUUGUACACUUGCGCGCUGGAUAUAUGGAGUCUUGGCUGUAUAUUCGCCGAAAUGGCAACUAGGAGAGCUCUAUUUCCCGGCGACUCCGAGAUAGAUCAAUUGUUUAGGAUAUUUCGCAUGCUCGGUACGCCAGACGAAACAAUCUGGCCAGGAGUGACUCAGCUUCCGGAUUAUACAUCCAGAUUUCCGAGAUGGGAUGCGAAUAAUUUAGGCGACGUUUUGCCCACUUUCGAUGACGAUGCCAAAGAUUUAAUUUCAAAUAUGCUGACAUACGAUCCUAAUCAGAGGAUAACGGCAAGAAAAGGAUUGAGUCAUCCUUAUUUCGUUGGAGUUAAAUUAAUUCCACCUCCACUGCCAAAGAAAAACUGACAUAGGUUUAUGACCAACUGACGUGUACUGUAUUUACAUAGGUUUUUAUAUAAAACUCGAUUAAACGCAAAAUAAUUUUGCAAGGAGAUAACUUUGUACUGCAAGUGUGUUCAAUUAUAUAUGAAACGAUAUAGUUUAAAUAUAUAUAUAUAUAUUU